CUUGUUGUUGAUGCAUUUAGUGGUGCAGAAGUUUCACCUCCAUGUCUCCCUGAGUUGAACCACGAUUUCUUUCAGUCGUACUAUUGUAGCACUCUGACUGCUCCCCUUGCAUCACCCAGCUCACGCCUCCUUGUCAGCACAAAAUCCUCCCUAUUUGACUGGCCAGUUGGAAGUGACUCUUGGUCUGAACUCAAGCUUUCCAAUGUGCAAGUACAGCAGAUUGUGGAAUUAAAUGGUCAGUUCAUUGCCAUGGAUGAUCAUAUGAAGAUCUACAUUUUGCAGUUGGCACCCCAGCUUGGCCUGCAAGAACUACCAAUAGAGUGGUGCGGCGGCAAGAUCCCAAGCAUGCAUUCGAAACCAUUUCUUGUGGUCUGUAGCGAUAUGCUUCUGAUGGUUUGCUAUUCUCUAUUAAGCUCAUUCUAUAGUUCAGGCUUCUGUACACUCCACCGCCUUGACAUGUCUACCAAUCCAGCAAAAUGGGUAGAGAUGAAGAAGCUGGACAAUUGGGCACUCUUCGUUGCAGCUGACAUUAGGACCCCACCAUUUUCCUGUGUUAACCCAGAACGGUGGGGAGGGAGAAGCAACUGCUUGUACUACACUCACCACUCUCAACCUUGGGGUGUACGAUGGUUGGGCAAUGAGCCGGAUCUUAUGAAGGAUCCAUCCGCCAGUCGGGACCUUGUGUUCGCAAGAAAUAUGUUUCGUUACCCACAGAACCUCUGGGUGUACCCCAGCAUGUUUUACUCUGCUGGGAAGUGAUUGUUGUCGUGGGCAACUACAACCUACUGAUGUACCGGUUUGUUCUGAAAAUUCUCCCCUUCUCAACAGGGGAAAACACUUUUGCGGCUUGAUACAGGAUGCUCAUCAUGAUGAGUACUGGAACUUUUUGCAGUUAUAUUUU